UCAUUCGUCUACCCACCUGUGUUUUGCUUCCUCGUGGUGCCUUGUGGUGCCUCCUUUUGAACUCUUAUUUUUGACUUAUUUGUUUUAUCUGCAAUUUGGUCCAGUUCUUUUUUUUUUUUUUUUUUUUUUUUUUUCAUAAUCUGACACAUAGUUUCAUUUGGCUGCAGAGCAUCAAAUGGCACCUGGUUGUUCUGUGCAAUAUUGUUCAGAACCCCACAGGCUAAAAUGAUGUCACACACUUUCUGUUGUGUGUACAGCAGAGUUCCCCCUGCUGAUCCAAGGCAGAGCCAUCUCCCCUAAAGUCUGACAGGAACCUACACAUAAAGGUUGAAUGACGUCAGCAGUGGGUCCACUCAGUAAAGGCAGCAUCUCCUCCUCCCUGCACAGCUGCUUCUGCUGCUGGCCCUCGUGCGUCUGAGGAGAACUUCCCAUCAGUCAUUUUCUUCUGUCUUGCUCUUUUUUGGAACUAUCGCCAUGGGAGGACUGGAUGCGCUUCGGCAGUGUAAUUUUUUAAAUUGGCUCAGGGAGGAGAGACAGUCGAGGAAACUGAUUCUCUUCAUCGUUUUUAUCGCUCUGCUACUGGAUAACAUGUUGCUCACUGUAGUCGUUCCCAUCAUUCCCAGCUACUUGUACAACCUGGAUGAGUCAACAGCGGUGUUGAAGAACAACACCCUUUCACAGCAGGGUGCUCCAGGGGCCUUCAACAGCAUUGUGUCUCUGUACGACAACACUGUGAGGACUUCAGACUCCAACAUGACAACCAGGUCUGCUGAUCUGGUCCCCACAGCCCCCACUGUUGCUCCACCACCUCAGAACUCAUCCGACUGCCCAAAGGCCAAUAGCAUGCUACUCAAUGAGAAUGUCAAAGUGGGAAUGCUUUUUGCCUCUAAGGCCACCGUACAGCUGAUUACCAACCCCUUCAUAGGGCCACUCACAAACAGAAUAGGAUACCAACUUCCUAUCUUUGUUGGUUUCUGUAUCAUGUUCCUCUCUACUAUCAUGUUCGCCUUCUCAUCGAGCUACGCUCUGCUGUUUCUGGCCAGAUCACUUCAAGGUGUGGGCUCCUCCUGCUCCUCUGUGGCUGGAAUGGGGAUGCUUGCGAGUGUAUACACCGAUGAUGAGGAGAGAGGUCAUGCCAUAGGAGUCGCCCUGGGAGGUCUGGCAUUAGGAGUGUUAGUUGGACCUCCAUUCGGCAGUGUGAUGUACGAGUUUGUUGGAAAGACAGCCCCUUUCCUUAUCCUGGCGUUCCUUGCUGUGUUUGAUGGAGCUCUGCAGCUCUUUGUCCUUCAGCCCACCAAGGUGGAACCAGAGACUCAGAAGGGGACCCCGCUGCUUACACUAAUGAAGGAUCCGUAUAUUCUUAUCGCAGCUGGUGCCAUUUGUUUUGGAAAUAUGGCCAUUGCCAUGAUGGAGCCAACACUGCCAAUCUGGAUGAUGGAGACCAUGUGUGCAAGGAAGUGGCAGCUAGGCGUUGCUUUCUUACCAGCUUCCAUCUCCUACCUUAUUGGAACCAACAUCUUUGGCACGUUGGCGCACAAGAUGGGGAGAUGGCUUUGCGCUCUUAUUGGAAUUACAAUUGUUGGAAUCAGUGUAUUAUGUGUUCCAUUUGCCAAAGACAUCUAUGGUCUGAUUCUUCCAAACUUUGGGGUCGGUUUUGCCAUUGGCAUGGUGGACUCCUCUAUGAUGCCUAUAAUGGGUUACUUAGUAGACCUGCGGCAUGUGUCUGUUUAUGGAAGUGUCUAUGCGAUUGCUGAUGUGGCUUUCUGUAUGGGAUUUGCUUUAGGUCCAUCCAUUGGUGGGUCCAUUGCUGAAAAUAUCGGCUUCCCCUGGCUGAUGACCAUAAUUGGAAUAGUGGAUAUUUUCUUUGCACCACUCUGCAUCUUCCUCAGGAAUCCACCAGGACAAGAAGAGAAAAUAGCUAUUUUGAUGGACACCAACUGUUCAAUGAAGACCAGGUCCUACUCCACACAGGGGACGUACUACCAGGGUGAAGACAUGGAUCCAGAGUAUGAAGAUUACGAUUAACAGAACACCAGCCAUGCAGGGUAACCCUUCAGAAGAUCUAUUUUGUUGUACAAAAAAGGAACACAGAGGGAGAAAACAGCCAAGAUAUUUCCAUGUGAAUGUCCCACAUUCAGUCUUCACUGUUCAGUGUCCUCUUAGCAGUUGUUCUGGGGGAAACCAAAGUUGUUCUUGAUCUGUGAUUGCAAGUGCAUUGUUUGAGAGAUAUUUUUUUAAGCCAACAGCCUUAUUCAGUAGAGAGAUCUGUCAGGACGUACCUCUUUGGCAGUAGGAGAAAGCUGAACAACAAUUAUGCUUUGCUGGUUUAUUUUAAAUACUAAUCUGUCUUAACUCACGUGUUUACCAUUAAAAGUGUCUUGUUUAUCUGCUGUAUGUC